UCUCGUGUGUGCGGUUAAAGUUGAAAAAUUCUAAAAAAGUUGCAACUAUCGCCAUAGCGACAGCGGCAGCCGGCUUGUUAUUUACACAGACAAGAAGCAGCCAAGCCCACCAAGACUCCGAAGAUUAACUGCAAAUUUUCUGAUCGAAGGACGAAGAAUCACCGGUACACGGAGAAAACUCGGUAUCCGGCAACAACCAGCGCGUGUUCUAAGCGACCAGCAGACCAUUGGAAGGAAGGGGAAAAGUGCGUGUGAGUGGUCUCAAUCUUAAGGAAAUGGAGGACUUCAUCGAUCUGUCCGGCGACGGCGGAGUACAGAAGCGCGUUUUGCAGGAGGGUACGGGAGAGGAGAAGCCGGCGAAAGGCUGCACAGUCUCACUGCACUACACCGGGACGCUCGAUGCCGACGGUAAAAAGUUCGACUCCAGCAGGGACCGCAACGAACCGUUCCAGUUCACGCUGGGGCAAGGAUCGGUCAUCAAGGCGUUCGAUAUGGGUGUCGCAUCGAUGAAGCUGGGCGAGAAGUGCAUACUGAAGUGCGCUCCGGAGUACGCCUACGGUAGCUCGGGCAGCCCGCCAAACAUUCCGCCCAACGCUACGCUCAACUUUGAGCUGGAAAUUCUCGCCUGGAAGGGUGAGGACCUAAGCCCCAAAUCAGAUGGAGGCAUCCAGCGGUUUAUUCUGAACGCCGGAACAGGCAAAAAAAGACCCAAUCCAGGGGGCAUGGUUAAGCUGCAUCUCGUCGGUCGUCACGAGGGACGCGUGUUUGAGGAGCGUGAUGUCGAGUUCGCGAUCGACGAGGGCAAAGAGGUGGGCGUCGUGACCGGCGUGGAAAUUGCACUGGAGAAGUUCCACAAGGAGGAAACGAGCCGGCUGAUCCUGAAGCCUCAGUAUGCGUUCGGCGCGGACGGGAAUAGCGAGCUGGGCGUUCCGGGGAAUGCCACCGUCGAGUACACGGUUACGUUAAAAGAUUUCGAAUGCCUUGAGGCCCGGUCCAUGAUGUCGCCGGAGGAAACGCUGGCACAGGGUAAGCUGCUGCGCGAGAAGGGCACCAAGUACCUGAAGGAGAACAAGCAUGAGCUGGCGCUCAAGAUGUACGAGCGAGCGCUGACCUAUCUGUACAACAAAACGCAGGAAGAGGAAACGAUUCAGUUGGCCAUCUAUCUCAACAAAAUCCUGUGCCACCAGAAACUGAACGACCACGACGAGGCGAAGGUUGCGUGUAUGGAGGCGCUGAAGUUGGAUAGCAAGAACGUGAAAGCGCUGUACAGGCGCGGGAUGUCGAAUCUCGCGUUAGGCGAUUUGGAUCGUGCCCUGCAAGACUUUUCUGCUGUACUGGAGCUGGAGCCGGAAAACAAAGCAGCACAGAACCAGGCAACGAUUUGCAAACACAAAAUCAAGGUCUACAAUGAUCAACAGAAGAAGGUCUUUGCCAACAUGUUUACAAAGUUUGCCCAGAGCGACUCCAAGUGAGUAAUCGAAAGCAUUUGCCAUGCUUCGCGGCGCUCAGUCCGCUAUCUUGCACCGAUAGCCGCGAUAGCGAUCUAGUUACGAAAACAAACAAAAUACGAACAUUUGAAUAGUUAGAGUUAAAUCAGAAAAGCCUGGAAUUACAAUACACUGCCUGAAGAAACGCUAUCGUCGAUUAGCAUCUUGUGCACUUUUUGUAAAAUUAAUUUAAAAAAGAAAACAUAAUUCUCGAAGCAUUACCACCAAUAACGCAAUCCAAUAUGAUGCCAAUCAUAAAAAAACUCGAACUUUACUGCAUGCUCGCGGCGAUCUACUUAAAUUCCCAUUCCAACCCACCCGGAACAACCCUGUACGCUGCUCUGCGGAUGUGCGUCUCAUCACUCACCAUGGAUACGCUGUGUGUGCGGCUCCUUCGAUCGGUCGGUUUUGCAGAAGGCGCAGGAAGAGCAGAGCCGCCAGCCCGAUGUGAUGAAGCAAAAGUUUGGCGAAUGGGGUGACGAUGAGCGGGAACACGAGCCGACCCGCUUCGAACAGGAGAACCCGGACGUCAUAAUGCUAAACGAUCUGCACAAGCA